UCUAUAUGGGAAAAAUGAUUGAGUAAUCCAUUGUAAUUCUUAUUUUCUUGUCCUUCAUUUUAUUUGCAUACAUCCUUGUUGUUGUGGUAAGAUAAAAAUAUAGCACAAAAAAAACAAACAGAUCCAGAGAAGAAACAUAGUCAGGUGGCAGGAAGAGAUUGUACCAAAAGCAAUAGAUGUGAAGCAAAAUUGAAUUGAAAAGUAAAGCAAGAUCGAUGCCUAAAGAUGGUCACCAUUGCAGUUGUUGUGUUUUUAUUCGUGGCUGCUGGUGCGGCCUUCGCAGCCAUGAAACUCAUGGAGAGUCAAACCAAGUGCUGUCCUGAGCUGUGGGUUCCAAACAAAGAGAACUGCUAUUAUCUUUCGACUAAUAAGACAACAUGGCAGAUGAGUAAGGAUGACUGCACCUCAAGGGGGGCUCAGCUUGCUGUGAUUGAGGAUGAGGAGGAGCUGAUGUAUAAUAAGCCAGAGCCAAACCAAACAUCAUCAGGUAUAAGACAAGUCUUUUAGUCAGGACAUUCAUUUAUAUUCAAAAGAAAUUCGACAAGUAAGAAGAGACCAUUACAUUCAUCAAGUAAGUUUGUUUAAUUAAUACAGUAACAAAGCUGUCCCAAUAUGUAAUCCAGAUUCUUCGUUAAGGUUGUCAAGUUUUCUGCUUCAACUCCAUGCCUCAGUUUUCACCCACAACAGAUGUAAUUAGGACUGCCAAGUAAUUUAUUACACAAGAUUUUGCGGUGAAGGAUAAAACCAUAGUACUUAGGAA